UUAUUUGUAAUUCUAAGGGUUUCGUUUGGCUUCUUCUGCAUGCGUCACAAACAAGAUAAACGCGUUUCGCAUGCUUCUUAGGUUUGCUGGCACUGGAACCCAUUCUUGGCCCCAUCAUCCCUAUCUUAUUUUUUUUUUUAAGCGAGUUGACUCACCUACAACACCGAGUCAUAUCUCGUUCACUUCUCCCUCACACUCUCACUCUCCUCCUUCUUCACCCUUCCCACACUAUGAUUUCGAAUCGCUACGAAACCUCAUAACAGGAUCCUCCAAAAUGAUGAGUCACGAUUUCAAUGACGAACAACAUCAGAUUAUGCACGCCUCUCAAGACGACGAAGUAAUGGAGUCGCUGAUCCUCGACGACGACGGCGACGACUACGUCCACCGUCAGAGCCACCGCCCUACGCCUCCGCAUAGCCCUAAUUCCCCUUUCAACUCGUUCCUCGACCCUCCCUCCUACGCCGAUGCGAUCUUCACCUCCUUCGAUUCCAACGGCCACGACCAAGCCAUUGACAAAACCCCCGCCCGAUCUGGUUGCGAAGAUUACCUCCACAUCGUUGUCACCGAUCCUCAGAAGGAGCAGGACCUUGCGACCUCCCUUGUCCCCGGUUCUGCCACCUUCUACACCUAUCUCAUCACCACACGCACCAACUUCCCCGAAUUCGGCGGCGAAGGCACCGAAUUCGCCGUCCGGAGGAGGUUCCGCGACGUGGUGACGCUCGCCGACCGGCUGUCUGAGACUUACCGUGGGUUCUUCAUCCCGGUGAGGCCGGACAAGAGCACUGUGGAGAGCCAGGUGAUGCAGAAGCAGGAGUUCGUGGAGCAGCGGCGCGUGGCGCUGGAGAAGUACCUCAGGAAGCUGGCGGCGCACCCGGUGAUCGGGCGAAGCGAGGAGCUGAGAGCGUUUCUCGAGGCAAAGGGGCGGCUUCCACUGGCGAGGACCACCGAUGUCGCAUCGCGGAUGCUCGACGGCGCCGUGAGGCUACCGAGGCAGCUGUUUGGGGGAGAGCCGGAGGUAACUGAGGUGGCUCAACCGGCUAAGGGCGGGAGGGACUUACUCAGGAUUUUCAAGGAGUUGAAGCAGUCUGUUACCAUUGAUUGGGUUGGGAGCAAGCCCUUGGUUGUGGAGGAGGAUAAGGAGUUUAUCGAGAGGAAGGAUAAGUUGGUGGACUUUGAGCACCAUCUUAGCAAUGUUUCUCAGCAGGCUGAAUCCCUAGUCAAGUUUCAGCAAGACAUGGGUGAAACAGUGGGUGAACUAGGGCUGGCUUUUGUAAAGCUAACUAAAUUUGAGACAGAAGACGCCAUAUUUGAGUCUCAGAGGGUACGAGCUGCUGACAUGAAAAAUGUGGCAACUGCGGCUGUUAAAGCAAGUAGGUUAUAUAGAGAGCUGAAUACACAGACAAUCAAACAUUUGGAUAAAUUACAUGAAUACCUUGGCACAAUGCUAGCUGUGAACAAUGCAUUUUCUGACAGAUCAAGUGCGUUGUUGACUGUUCAAACACUCUCAUCAGAACUAGCUUCUUUACAUUCGCGGGUGGAAAAGCUUGAGGUUGCUUCAUCCAAAAUAUUUGGUGGAGACAAGUCUAGGUUGCGGAAAAUUGACGAGUUAAAAGAAGCCAUCAGAGUUACUGAGAAUGCUAAAAUUUGUGCUGAUAGAGAGUAUGAACGAAUCAAGGAGAACAACAGGAGCGAACUUGAAAGAAUUGACCAAGAGAGAAAUAACGACUUUCAAAGCAUGCUGCGAGGGUUUGUUGUCAAUCAAGCAGGCUAUGCGGAGAAGAUGGCAGCUGUGUGGGAGAAGCUUGCGGAAGAAACAGCUGCUUACUCAAGAGACAGCAGCUAAAAUGCGCUUGGUGUAAAUUCUGAUUUCACCUUUUCUAUGCAGUAAUUAUAGAUUUUGGUUUCAUUAAUUUAAUUUUAUGUAGUUUCAUUACUUUAGACGAACUUUUAGUUUUAACCCUAAAGUUGUAUAUGCAUAUAUCUUUUUUUUUACCGUCGACAUUCGUGAUAUCAAUGUUUUUAACUACUCAGA